AUGGCAUACAUCCAAGAAUGUAUAUUUUUCUUCCUUGUAUGGCUAAUUUCAACCAUCUUUAUUCGAAAGCUAUUCAGAAAACGCAGCACAUGUUCUUGUCUCCCUCCAAGCCCAAUUGCACUUCCAAUCAUAGGCCACCUUCAUCUUCUUGGUCAUUUACCACACCAAGCAUUUCACAAGCUUUCAAACCAGUAUGGACCCUUGAUCCACUUAAGACUUGGGUCCGUGCCUUGUGUAGUUGCUUCUUCACCAGAAAUGGCGAAAGAGUUCCUCAAAGCUCAUGAAAUCUCAUUCGCUAGUCGACCAAAAACGGUUGCUGUAGACUGCUUAGCUUAUGAUGCAAAAGGCUUCUCUUUUGCACCUUAUGGACCUUACACAAAAUCCAUGAAGAAGCUAUGUGUUUCUGAACUUCUUGGUGGUCGAACAAUUGACUUGCUUCUUCCAAAUAGACGCGAUGAAAUAAGACGUUUUAUUGCAUUACUAACAGAAAAGGCCAAAUAUAAUGAGGCUGUGGAUCUGGGAGGUGAGCUUUUAAGGUUGGCAAAUAAUGUUGUUUCAAGAAUGAUAAUGAGCAAAAGAUGUUCUGAGAAUGAAGAUGAAGCUGGGGGUAUGAGAAAGCUCAUUCAAGAGUUUGCUGAACUGACUGGAAAGUUUAAUCUAUCAGAUUUUAUGUGGUUUUGUAAGGAUCUUGAUUUGCAAGGAUUUCGAAAAAGUGCAAUAGAUAUCCGCAACAUGUUUGAUGAGAUGAUUGAGAGGAUCAUAAAUGAGCACCAAGUGGCAAGGAGGAAGAGAAAUCAUGAAGGUGAAGUAGUCAAAGACCUACUUGAUAUUUUGCUAGAUAAACAGGAAGAUGAAAGCUUUGAGAUACGAUUAAGCAGAGAGAACAUCAAAGCCUUUAUCAUGGACAUGUUUGCUGCUGGAAGUGAUACAUCAGCUAUUAUGAUAGAGUGGGCACUAGCAGAGCUGAUUAACCAUCCCCGCAUAAUGCAGAAAGCUGUACAAGAAAUUGAUUCCGUCGUUGGAAAGAACCGUCUCGUCGAAGAAUCGGACAUAGAAAACCUUCCCUACCUUCAAGCCAUCAUCAAAGAAACUCUAAGACUUCAUCCUGCAGCACCAAUGAUAGUCAGAAUAUCAAGUGAAGACUGCAAAAUAGGGGAAUACGCAAUUCCAGCAAAGACUAGACUAUUCGUGAAUAUUUGGAGCAUUAACAGGAAUCAAGAUUACUGGGAAAAUCCACUUGAAUUUCAACCAGAAAGAUUUUUGAGUGAAGAGAAAAGCGCUAAAGUUCAAUUAGAUGUAAGGGGACAACACUAUGAAUUUUUGCCAUUUGGAUCUGGGCGAAGAGGUUGUUGUUAUUAUGCCUGUAUUUGUAAAUAAUG